AUGCGGGUGGUCCAUUUCCUCUCCGCCUGGCUUGUCACUAAGAUUCUGGCGGCGAGCACGAAUCGGACUAUCGACGACACCAAUGGCGACAGCAUGACGGGCGCGAUUCCCGUAUACCAGCCGAACGAGAGCGGCGUCUGGGCGGGCCCUAGUUGUGUAGGGUGUGCGAUAGUGCCCGACACUAGUCUGGCGCACGACGGGACAUGGAGCGCGGCUACGUACAACGCGGGUCUGGGGAUCAUGAACAUCUCGAUGGAUUUUACUGGAACCGCGGUUUACGUCUUCUUCAUCCUCGCCAACUUCCAGGACGAGGGGAUCACGACGACAACCAAGGCCAGCUUCAGCGUAGACGGCGUCCAGCGGGGGACGUUUGACCACGUGCCCUCGGACAGCUUUGAGCUGCAGUAUGACCAGCUCGUGUUUGCGGAAACGGGCCUGGCGAAUACUCCACAUAGGCUUGUUGUCUGGACCGUGGCGGAUACGGAUAUUUAUGUGAAUUUUGAUUAUGCGCUUUACACAUUUGAGGAUGUAGAGCAGAACCCUCCGACUACAACGACUGCUCAGCUUCCCCCGACUCAUCCAAUUGCAAGUACGCCCUCUACAUCUAUGCCAAUGGCUAGCAGCACGAAAUCACACUUCAGCUCUGCCCUCAACAUCCAUUCUGUCCUCUUCACCGAGCUCAUCCCCAUCUACCUCCAUGUCCCCGCACUUGACACCACGUCCACAUCCACAUCCAGCAAUCUCUAUCAUUGUUGGUAG